GUGUCGGCGGAGAGCACCGGGGCGCAGCCGGAGCCGCAGCCGGGAUGGCCGUGGCCGUGGGCAGACCGUCUAAUGAAGAGCUUCGAAACUUGUCCCUUUCUGGCCAUGUUGGAUUUGACAGCCUCCCUGACCAGUUGGUUAACAAGUCUACUUCUCAAGGAUUCUGCUUUAACAUCCUUUGUGUGGGCGAAACAGGCAUUGGCAAAUCUACGUUAAUGGACACUUUAUUCAACACCAAAUUUGAAAGUGACCCAGCCACGCACAAUGAACCGGGUGUGCGGUUAAAAGCCCGGAGCUACGAGCUUCAGGAGAGCAACGUCCGGCUGAAGUUAACCAUCGUGGACACCGUGGGCUUUGGAGACCAGAUAAACAAAGAUGACAGCUAUAAGCCAAUAGUGGAAUACAUUGACGCCCAAUUUGAGGCCUAUCUGCAAGAGGAGUUGAAGAUCAAGCGUUCUCUCUUCAAUUACCAUGACACAAGGGUCCACGCGUGCCUCUACUUCAUCGCUCCCACUGGCCAUUCUCUCAAGUCUCUGGACCUGGUCACGAUGAAAAAGCUGGAUAGUAAGGUGAACAUCAUUCCCAUCAUUGCAAAAGCUGACACCAUUGCCAAGAACGAAUUGCACAAGUUCAAGAGUAAGAUCAUGAGUGAGCUCGUCAGCAAUGGCGUCCAGAUAUACCAGUUCCCCACAGAUGAAGAAACGGUGGCGGAGAUUAAUGCCACCAUGAGUGUCCAUCUCCCAUUCGCAGUGGUUGGCAGCACCGAAGAGGUGAAGAUCGGCAACAAGAUGGCAAAGGCCCGACAGUACCCUUGGGGCGUAGUGCAAGUUGAGAAUGAAAAUCACUGCGAUUUUGUGAAACUCCGGGAGAUGCUGAUCCGUGUGAACAUGGAAGACCUGCGGGACAUUUCUUAUCAUGACGUUCUUGUGUUUGAUCUUUUAAAUAGUCUUCAGGAGACAUACGAGGCAAAAAGGAAUGAAUUCCUGGGGGAACUUCAGAAGAAAGAGGAAGAAAUGAGACAAAUGUUUGUUAUGAGAGUGAAGGAGAAAGAAGCCGAACUGAAAGAAGCAGAGAAAGAGCUGCAUGAGAAGUUUGACCUCCUCAAGCGGACACACCAGGAGGAGAAGAAGAAAGUGGAAGACAAGAAGAAAGAGCUGGAGGAGGAAGUGAACAACUUCCAGAAGAAACAGGCGGCAGCUCAGUUACUACAGUCUCAGGCCCAGCAGUCCGGGGCCCAGCAAACAAAGAAGGACAAGGAUAAGAAAAAGUAAGCAGGUGUCACCCCCCUGUUUUGGGGACCCUAACCAUUUCCUCCCCUCUGCAUGUCUCUACUUUCCCCAUUUAGAGACUGGAAACUGGUUUAUUGCCAGAAAGAUAAAAGCAAGUAUUUUCUCUACAGUGCAGGGAACACGAUAAAGAUUUUAAAAAAUCUUUUUAAAGGGUACACAGACAUUCAUUUAUAAAACUUUGACCACAGCGACCACGCAAUCGGACUGGAGGAGUUUGUCCUCUCCAGUAGCACCGUCUGCACCAACACUAGGAUCAUCUGAAAAGACAGGGCCAUUUCUCUCCGGCUGCUUCUGAAGACAGCUCCCGGCUGUCUGGCUAAAGCAACAUCCCAAGAGUGUGAUCGUUCCAAUCAUUGCCUUAUUCUGUGUUAUAAGGCUUGCUAAGUCAGGCAUUC